UCCAGCUGCAAAUGAACAAAACGGGACGCAGCACAAAACUUUCCAAAGUCUCAUCAUGUAGAUGGGUAAAAAAACCGAAAAUAGUAAGAAUGGCUGAAAAAGUAAUUUUACCUUUUGAAAACAAUUCCUUUUUUCUUCGCAAGUGAAGCCAAACAGCAUGAUAACCUAGGCUUUGUUUCCCACUGUUUCAAACGGCGAGGCAGAAAAAGAAAAGUUUCGUAAAGUUUGUGGGACGGCAUGGCGCGACAGUGUGGGGAAACCGAGGGAGAGAAGGGAUCCAAGCUAAAGAAGAAAAAGAAAAACAAGAAAGACAACAAAACUAGAACGGUCUAUUCUAACCUUUUAUACAGUUCUGCCAAAGGAAACGAGAAUCCGAACAGACAUUAUGCAAACAACAAGAUUAAAACAACGAAAUAUACAUUGCUUUCUUUUCUACCGAAGAACCUUUUCGAGCAGUUCCACAGAUUUGCCAACGUAUAUUUUGUUUUCAUCGCUUUGCUGAAUUUUGUGCCUGUUGUCAAUGCUUUCCAACCAGAGCUGGCGCUGGCUCCAGUGGUUUUUAUUUUAUCUGUUACCGCUAUCAAGGACCUGUGGGAAGACUACAGAAGACAUAGAUCGGAUAAAGAAAUCAAUCACUUGGAUUGUCUUGUGUAUUGCAGAAACGAAAGAAAAUAUGUGGAGAAGUACUGGAAAGAAAUCCAAGUUGGAGAUUUCAUCCGUCUACGGUGCAAUGAGAUCAUUCCUGCAGACGUCCUACUGUUGUCCUCCAGCGACCCAGACCGGCUGUGUCACAUUGAGACAGCCACUCUGGAUGGAGAGACCAACCUCAAACAGAGGCAGGUGGUCAGGAGUUUCAUAGACCUGGAUUGUGAAUUUGACCCCAUGAAGUACAACAGUAUCAUUGAAUGUGAGAAACCUAACAACGACCUGAACAGGUUCCGUGGAUAUAUCAUUCAUAGGAGUGGACAAAGACAUGGGCUUUACAAAGAUAACCUCUUACUUCGAGGAUGCACUAUUAGAAACACAGAGGAGGCAGUAGGAAUUGUCAUUUAUGCUGGUCAUGAAACUAAAGCUAUGUUGAAUAACAAUGGACCACGCUAUAAACGCAGCAAACUGGAAAGACAGAUGAAUAUAGAUGUAUUUUGGUGUGUUAUCAUACUGGUAGUUAUGUGUCUGUUUUCUGCCAUUGGUCACGGCCUGUGGGUGUUUCAGUAUGGGGAUAAGCGGCCAGUUUUUGAUGUCUUGAGUCCUGACGGAACAGACCUGUCUCCUGUUUUGUCUGCCAUCUAUUUAUUCUUAACCAUGAUCAUUGUUUUUCAGGUCUUGAUUCCCAUCUCACUCUUUGUGUCCAUUGAAAUUGUUAAAAUAUGCCAAGUGUACUUUAUUCAUCAAGACUUGGACUUGUAUGAUGAGGAAACAGACUCACACCUCCAGUGCCGAGCCCUUAACAUCACUGAGGACUUAGGGCAAAUGCAGUACAUCUUCUCAGACAAAACUGGCACUCUUACAGAGAACAAGAUGGUGUUCCGGAGAUGCACAGUAGUGGGAGAUGAGUAUUCUCAUGAUGCUAAUGCCAGGAGAUUAGCUAUGUACCAAGAGGUAGAUUCUGAGGAAGAAGAGUGCACGUCCAAAGCUGGAACCCUUCCCCGACGGGACAGCGUGACAAGUCACCAGAGCGCCAAGGUUGUCCACAGGUCACAGAGCACCAAAUCUCACCGGAGGACAGGCAGCCGGGCAGAAGCCAAGAGAGCCAGCAUUCUCUCCAAACACACUGCCUUCAGCAGUCCUAUGGAAAAGGACAUCACUCCUGACCCACAGCUGUUGGACAAGGUGAACGAGUGUGCCAGCCAGAUGGACUUUAUGAGAAUUCAUGGCCAGUCCUUGACCCAGCUGACCCCAGAGCUUUCCGAUAUAAUUGACUUCUUCAUAGCUUUAACCAUCUGCAAUACUGUUGUAGUCUCUUCUCCGAAUCAGCCACGACAAAAGGUGCGAAUGAGGUUUGAAAUGAAAUCUCCAGUGAAGACCAUUGAAGACUUCAUUAAACGUUUCACCCCAAGCCGCCUGACAUCUGGUUCCAACAGCAGCAGCUCUUCCAGCCUGGCUGCCAAUAGGUCUACCAACAGGACCACUUCCAGUGUCUUCUCUUCGCCUUCUGCAGAAAGCACUUUAAUUAAACUGGAUGAGGAGAAGCCCCACUCACCCAGGGGACUAGAAAAUGUGCUCAGUGUUGUCCAGAAGGGCCUGGAGAAGAAGUGGGGGCCGUUGGAGGAAGGCGAGCUACGCUACGAGGCAGAGUCGCCAGAUGAGGCGGCCCUCGUUUAUGCGGCCAGGGCUUACAAAUGUUCACUCGUGGGUCGGCUGCCUGACCAGGUCACCGUGGAGCUUCCACACCUGGGCAUGCUGAACUUCGAGCUUCUGCAUACUCUGGGGUUUGACUCCACCAGGAAGAGGAUGUCCGUUGUGGUCAGGCACCCACUGACAGACCAGAUUGUCGUUUACACCAAAGGAGCGGAUUCUGUCAUCAUGGACCUUGUGAAGCCAUGUUCUACAGAUGAUGCCAAAGGAAAAUGGAGAAGAAAAAUCUUAAAUAAAACUCAGCAUUACCUUAACUUGUAUGCUGCUGAUGGACUUCGGACACUUUGCAUUGCUAAAAAGGUUCUUAGUAAGGAAGAAUAUGCAGGUUGGCUAAAAAGCCAUUUAGAAGCAGAAACUGCUAUUCAGGGGCGUGAAGAAUUACUGUUUCAAUCAGCUCUGCGCUUGGAAACAAAUCUUCAUCUUUUAGGUGCAACUGGUAUUGAAGACCGCUUACAAGAGGGGGUACCAGAAACUAUUGCUUCACUCCGGAAAGCUGGGCUCCAAAUCUGGGUCUUAACUGGUGACAAGCAAGAAACAGCCAUAAACAUUGCAUAUUCCUGCAGACUUCUGGACCCAGAGGAAGAGAUCAUUACUCUAAAUGCAGAAACGCAGGAAGCAUGCGCUGUGUUGCUGGAGGAGAGUUUACAUUAUAUCCAGUCCAAGUUUUUCGGUAACAUCCCAGACAGCGCUGCUCCGGCCUUUGACGAGGACUUUCCAGCUUUUGAAAUGCCUCCCUCUUCCUCCUUUUUGGUUCACCGCCUGGGCUUGGUUAUUGAUGGAAAAACCUUGGCCUAUGCACUGGAUAAAAGCCUAGAGGAUAAAUUCCUUGCUGUGGCCAGGAGCUGCAGAUCAGUGCUGUGCUGUCGGUCCACUCCAUUGCAGAAAAGCAUGGUGGUCAAACUGGUUCGAAACAAGCUGAAAGUAAUGACCCUGGCCAUAGGUGAUGGAGCGAAUGAUGUCAGCAUGAUCCAGGUUGCUGAUGUCGGAGUUGGGAUUUCAGGACAGGAGGGCAUGCAGGCAGUUAUGGCUAGCGACUUUGCCCUGCCACGGUUCCAGUAUCUGCAGAAGCUUCUCUUGGUCCAUGGGCACUGGUGUUACUCUCGUCUUGCCAACAUGAUCCUUUAUUUCUUCUACAAAAAUGCUAUGUUUGUAGCCCUUAUUUUCUGGUACCAGUUUUACUGUGGGUUCUCGGGAUCGGCCAUGAUCGAUCAGUGGUACCUCAUAUUCUUCAACCUGAUGUUCUCUGCCUUCCCUCAACUGAUUACUGGGACCCUUGACAAGGACGUUUCUUCAGAGACACUCUUAGCCCUACCUCAGCUCUAUAAAAAUGGGCAGAGCUCAGAGGAAUAUAAGCCAUACAUGUUCUGGAUGAAUAUGAUCGAUGCUUUCUACCAAAGCCUUGUCUGCUUUUUCAUUCCAUACUUUGCCUAUGCUGACUCAGAUGUUGACUUGUUUACAUGGGGAACACCCAUCACCACAUUGUCCCUCUUCACAAUUUUGUUACAUUUGGGUAUUGAAACCAAAACGUGGACAUGGCUCAAUUGGGCCUCCAUUAUUUUCAGCAUCACUUUGUUCUUCAUGGUUGCUUUUUGCUACAACGCUUCCUGUCCCACAUGCUACUCUCCAUCCAACCCGUACUGGACCAUACAGAGGCUAAUGGCAGACCCGCUGUUCUAUUUGUUUUGCAUUGUCACACCUGUUGUUGCUUUGCUACCAAGAUAUUUCUACCGGGCUUUUCAGGGCACUUUAUUCCCAAGCCCUGUCCAAAUAGGACGCCAACUGGAUAAGCUCUCGCCAGACACCCGCAGUAAUAUUCUAAGUCAAAUGAAAAUAAAGGUGGGAUCACGAUUUGAGCCUAGGACUACUUUUUACCCAUUGUCGGGGCCUUUUCCAAAGGACUACAGUCAAAGAACUGAAGAAUCGCAUUUUUGCAAGCAAUGGAAUAGUCCCAAAGGCUCUGGAGGAACAGGGCACUCUACAGUUGCUGCUCAGAGUGUGCAGGACAAAGAAAAGGGCUCCUAUAGACAUUCUACAGAUGUUGCUCCAAAAGUGGACGGUCCAACACCAGAGAGCUUCACCGCUUCAGAAACGGAUACCCUUCCUUAUUCCAGAGAAUCUACUCAACACCCUGGUGACAUAGAGUCUCCAUUUUUUGAGGACAGUUUACAACUUGACACCAUUAUGGAUCCAUCAGACUUAAGUUUAGUAAAAUGGAUAGCAACAACUCCAUUGUUUGCCAAGACGGAGGGUAUAUUUGAGUCAUUAUCAUCUCAAGGUAGUUUGCAGGCUACUGAAGAAAAAGAGAACUCCUCUCCCUCUAACACUCAGUACAGAGUGGACUCCAGAGACGAAAACUGGCAAACCCAGCAACUUCUAAAAGCUAUGAGUGGUGAAUUGAAGCCUGUUGCCUCCGACAGUUUAAACGAGGAUUCAUUUCAAACAACAUUACUAUGACAUUAAAUAUUUAAGCAUUAUUUAAAUUCCGUUUGCAAGUCAGUUGUAAAAAUAUUCUAUUAUCAUUACUAGAGAGCUAUUUUAUAAAGAUAUAUAAAUAGGUACUAUAUAUAGUAUUUAAUUACUAACGUGGUGAUUUAGGUUUAAAAUUGGAAAAGUUCUUUUUUGGAGUGGAAUACUUAGACAACUGGACAAUUCUCCUUUGAAACUGAUAAGUUUACACUAUAUUUUACUACAGAGAAGAGAUUUUUACUUAGCAAUAUUUUGAUGUUUUGACUGGAGACAGUGCAUUACUGAUAAGUUCAGAAUUGUUAGUAGUAAACUAUGCAAAAUAUUGGUAUCAUACGAGGUAUAUGUAGUAUUUCUUUAUUAUUUGCUAUGGCAAUACACACAAAAUGGUCAUGCAAAUUAAAUAUUUCUAGUUCUAUUCACAGUACUUUUCCAGCUUUUUGUUUAUACACAGUUAAAUCCCUAAUUGCCACAGUUAUAUUUGAUAUCCCAGACGUCUCUUCCUGAAUAGUAAAAUCCUGCAAAAUAAAAUUUAUCUUUUGUAGGGAGAAAUUAGGUUCACAAUCCUGCUAGUUACACAAUGUAUUGAGAUAGUUUCAGAUACAGUUUUUCACUCAAACUUAAAAUGAGGGAAUUCUUUACAAUUAACUAUAUAAAGUUUAACUACAAUAUUCAAGCCUAUCUGUGAUGGGGCUUUUUAUAUGUGUAAAUGCUGUUUGAUUAGAAUGUGAUUCCAUCCCAAAGGAACCAAGUCUGAAUUUGAUCAAGCAUUUAUGUUUCUUUUUGUUUUUAAGAAAAUGCAACUUUAAAAAAUGCUGCUGUUUUAUUGGUUGAAUAGUUUGUGAAAGUUCUUUAUUAGGAUAGUGUUCAUAUUGGUUUUGCUGGCCUUUCUGUCACAUAUGCGAUGUGUAACUUGUUCAGUCCCGUCUAGUGGCAUGCCAAUUGUGAACAUCACUCUGAUUCUGUCUACCUCUCCUAUUAGAGGAUAAUUUUACAUAAAUAUUGACAACCCAUAUCAGGUACAUCCGAGCCAUACAACCAUAGUUGACGAGGGUUGCUAACAAGCACAUUCUGAAUUUUGUCUUGGUCUGAAAUUUAUACUGCUCGUUAACAAUUGGCGAUGUGUAAGAAGAAGAUGCAUGCAGACUACAUGUUACACAUUAAACAUUAUAAAGCCUUACCAGUUCUGUAAGCACAGAGAUGCAAAAGACAUCCACACACUUCUGACUGGGGUUCCCAACCUGCUGGCUUCCUUACGGUUGGGCCCUGUUAAAUAAUUGAACCUUCAAGUGAUCUGAAAGUAGGAUUGUGAACCCUUUAGUUUCAGUUCCUAAAUGUGUUAGUGGUUUCCUUAUAGUUACUGUGUUUAAAAUCUGCAGCCUUUGAGCAGGAAAAAAUCUGCUAAUGUCAAAAGAAGUUGAGCAACUUUCUAUUUUGGUUAAGGAUUCCAAAUUUCCGAGUUGCAUAAAGAGCUAGCAAGUCUGUGGGUCCCAAGGAGCAGGGUUGUGAACCCCUGUAUCUGUUGGUAGGAAGGCAUUGCCUGGAAUGUAUCAGUUGUCUUUCUGGCAGUGUCACAGUGGAAUUAAAGGCACUAAAAUGUAAAGGUAAAGGCAGCACAUAGAAAAAAAAAAGGUCCUUAUCAACGUAUUCUUCUCUCAGAUCCUUUGGCAGAUUCUGACUCUAAUUUGACAGACUACAGUUGGCUGUGGCCUUUUCAUUUUGUUGGUGAAAAGAAUAAGGACUGACCUUUUGCUGUUGUUUUAAAAGUAUCCUUUCGGCUGUAACAAAGAAAACCACCUGAAUUAAUAGAUUUCUGAUUAGAUGUUGAUGUCACUGCAAGUUGCAACAUUAAUGCAUGGUAGAGAAAACCCUAAAAGUACUUGUAUACCAAAAAAAAAGUUUCCCAGAAUUUUGAGCUGGGCCUGGCUGCAGGGUGUCUCUGUUUUCUGUACGUUGGGUGUUGGCCAGAGCUGUGUGCCCUUUGAUAUUUCUGGAUUAAAGUUAAAAAGGAAUGUUAAGUAAAAUGAAGUCGCACUCUUAAAUCCACUACAAUACUAAUGGCACCUUAACUGUUAUAAAAGAUCUGUGUUCCAAAAGUAAUUGUUACGAAGAAAAUUCUAUAUUAAAAUUAAAGGAAUUCAUUUAAGAGGAAAGACUCAUUUGUGUGGAAUACUGGGCAUAUAUAACGAAAACUCUGUAAUACAUUGAAUUUGUUUCUUGAUACAGCAUCACACUUGAAGUGCAGUGAAACAUACAGUAUGUACAGAAAUGUGCCUUAAUUAGCUUUAUUAGUUGCAUUUACCUGUGGUGCCUUCAAGAGGACAGGGACCACACCAUUAUCUUUAAAAUCACCAGUCUUCAGUGUUACAACGUUUUCACAUUACCUGGAACAUUAAGUCAAGACUUUUUAAAAAUCCGAAACCAAAAUGUUCUUGCAUAGAUCAGGUGUAUGGUUUGAUUUCUUGUUUUGUUUUCAUUGAAUUUUAAAAUGCAAUACUUAGGCCUUCAGUAUACAGUACUUCUCUAACUACUUGAAUGGAAAAAUGCACUACCUGAGGAAAUGUUAACUGUAAUCAAUAAAAAGGUAUGGUGAUGUGGAAGGGAGUUCAAUAAACAGAACAGGGCUCAGUGUACUCACCCAGUUUUUGCUCUGCCUUUGACAGAGGUCGUGCUGUUUUCCAAAAGACUUUUAAAACCCGAAGGGUCAGAAAGGUUCUUUUUAAAUGUGCUUUAGCAAACGAUUUUGGAGUCUUAAGUGUAGCCAGAAGUCCUGCAAAGGAUUUUCUUGAUCUAUAAUUAUUAAAGAAAUUGAUAUCUUAAUGCUUUUUAACUGUUGGACCUAUUAUGCUGCCAGCUUUGUCUUCUUUCUUACAGAAUUUCUAUAUUAGGAAUUACAGAAUUUAUCUGAUAGUUUACUGAGUUAUAUGCAAAUUUCUAUUAAUGUUUGUUGGAAAAUAUUGUUCUGCAGACAUCAUAUUUUGUAAGAUAUAUAAACCGUACCUAAUGUGUUUUGUAAAUCGGUGGGGUAAUUGAAUCAUUCUUAUCUUUACAGAACAAUGUCAUGUGCCUUAACACUGGAUGAGGAAUUAAAACAAUACUGCCUUACAUUUCAA